CAGCAGCAUCCCCCUGCCGCAGUUGGUCGCGCCGAGCUAGCCGGUGCUCCUUCCGCCCCGCCCCCGGGCCGGAAGUGCGGCGCCGCCACCGUCCCGCAUCCCUCCGCUGGUCGCAGUCUCCGGCCGGGUCCUCGGGUUCGCGCGUGCAGCGUCGGAUCUGAUUUAAAUCGCCACCAUGUCGAGCAAAAAGGCAAAGACCAAGACCACCAAGAAGCGCCCUCAGCGGGCAACAUCCAAUGUGUUCGCCAUGUUUGACCAGUCCCAGAUCCAGGAGUUCAAAGAGGCCUUCAACAUGAUCGACCAGAACCGGGAUGGCUUCAUCGACAAGGAGGACUUGCACGACAUGCUGGCUUCCCUAGGGAAGAACCCCACUGACGCCUACCUGGACGCUAUGAUGAACGAGGCCCCGGGCCCCAUCAACUUCACCAUGUUCCUCACCAUGUUUGGAGAGAAGUUGAACGGCACAGACCCUGAGGAUGUCAUCAGAAACGCCUUCGCUUGCUUUGACGAGGAAGCGACAGGCACCAUCCAGGAGGACUACCUGAGGGAGCUGCUGACCACCAUGGGCGACCGCUUCACAGACGAGGAGGUGGAUGAGCUCUACCGGGAGGCCCCCAUCGACAAGAAGGGCAACUUCAACUACAUCGAGUUCACACGCAUCCUCAAGCACGGCGCCAAGGACAAGGACGACUGAGGACGCCCGCUGGGCGUCCUGUGCGGUACCUUACUCACUGCGUUUCUCAGACACUCCUUCCACCUCCUAGGGCCCACUGCAUGCCACUUAGGUUCACAGCUUUGCCUCUUUUCUAAUGUAUUUAUUCCAGACCUUUCUGUCUCUUAGCACUUGUAUAAUCAGACUGGAAAUGGGGACAAUGCUGUAAAUUGUAUUGAAAAUGAGAUGCGAAUAAAAAUCAACAAAUGUGAAAGCCCAGGAAAAUAUA